UAUACUACUCAGCGCGCUCCCUAAUGAUGCCAGGAUGCCUUCACACUGCACUGUUGCCAUGGAGACGAGCCCGCCACCACCAUGCAGGGCUGACAAAUGGUGUUCCGGUCCGGGCCGCUGGAUUGUUUCUCAGGCCUCUGCAGCCAGCCCUGGAGUGGACGGGCUGCCAGGUGGCUGCACUGGAGCGGCAGAUCUUUGACUUCCUGGGCUACCAAUGGGCUCCUAUCCUAGCCAACUUCCUGCACAUCAUGGCGGUCAUCCUGGGCAUCUUUGGCACGGUGCAGUACCGCUCCCGGUACCUCAUUCUGUAUGCAGCCUGGCUGGUGCUCUGGGUUGGCUGGAAUGCAUUUAUCAUCUGCUUCUACCUGGAGGUUGGACAGCUGUCCCAGGACCGGGACUUCAUCAUGACCUUCAACACAUCCCUGCACCGUUCCUGGUGGAUGGAGAAUGGGCCAGGCUGCCUGGUGACACCUGUCCUGAACUCCCGCCUGGCCCUGGAGGACCACCAUGUCAUCUCCGUCACUGGUUGCCUGCUUGACUAUCCCUACAUCGAAGCCCUCAGCAGUGCCCUGCAGAUCUUCCUGGCUCUGUUCGGCUUUGUGUUCGCCUGCUACGUGAGCAAAGUGUUCCUGGAGGAGGAGGACAGCUUUGACUUCAUCGGUGGCUUUGACUCCUACGGAUACCAGGCACCCCAGAAGACGUCGCAUUUACAACUGCAGCCUCUGUACACGUCCGGGUAGCUUCUGCCCCAUGCCCACCCCAGCGCCGCUUGCUUUGUGACUAGACUGACAGCCGCUGCCACGAGCUCGCGCCAAGAUGGCAGGCUCGCCCCCUAGCGGCUUGCCAACCGACUGCAGCCGGCGAGGCUAGAUCUGGGUCUGUGACCACUUGGACUUGGCCCCUUGCAGCCUGGACUUUGGGGGUGGGGCGGGGCGGGGCGGGACGAGGGAGGGGAAUCCCGGGGUUUGUAUUUUUUUUAUGUCAGCCUUGGCGUACGCUGGAGCCUCCCUCCCUUCUCCAGCCUCUCCCUUUCACCCUUCAUCCAGCAUCCUGUCCACUGUCCAGAAAGUAAAGGCAGGAUGAACAGACUCACCCCAUCUCACCACACUUCAUCACCAGCUCUGGGGAAAGUGAACUAGGAGCAGGAGUCCUGGGUUCUAAUCGCAGCUCCAUCACUGAGUCUCUUUGUGACAUCUGGCAAGGUUCUUGCCCUCUCUGACCCUCAGUUUCCCCAUCUCAAAUAAUUUCAAAAACCCUUAGCAGAUGGAGCUCUUUCUAGCCUUCUCAUUUGACUCUCAGUUCCCUGAGUGAGGCUGGGAUUAUAAUUUCUAUUUUGAAGAUAUGGAAACUGAGGCCCAGAGAUGCGAUUUGCUUGAGGCCACACAGCUAGGCUUUUGGUGGAGACACGCCUUUGAACACAGUGUACUUUCUGUAGUUUUAGCCUCUAAAACCCAGAAAAAUAGUCUCUGAAUUCCUUUCAAGCCGCCUUCCAGCUUGGACACUCUAGCACCCAUGUGAUCUACAUCACAUUUACAUAUCACUGCCACCACUUGCCAACUCCUCUAUUAAAGCAAUAUACCUGUUCUCUUGUUGGGAACCAGACAUAUGGAGCCUAGAGCCCUGAUUUCAGCCUGACCCACAGGGAAGCCUUCCUAGACUCAGCUUCUGUCCACCCUUGGCAAACCUUUCAAGCUUUCCCCAGGAAAGGGGGACCAUAACUGACCACACCCCCUUCCAGGUCCCUGAAGCUGCUACACCAUGAUCCCUUCCUCCCUCUGCAACUCCACUAACCCCUGAUGGCUGCAUCCAUCUCACCAGUUGGAAGACCUAUGGUUUCAGAGUGGAAAAGUGCUAAUCUGCACUGCCAUGUCACCAGUGCCCACAGAUCACGAGCAUUUAUGACCAUUCCAAUGUCCAGGAAUUCUGAAGAGGCGGAAUGGGGGUGUGGGUCAUGGUGGUGGGCCAGCACCCUUCCAUGAGAGCAAGUAGAGAUGAGACCUCAUUCUCUCCAUCUCCUUCCACAGACACUCCUGCAGCCUGUCCCUAGCUGGUGAGUCUAAGAGCAGGAGGAUCAGGCCUCCGCUUCCCGGUCUGUGAAACAGGAGUGACCAUGCAUUAGGAAGGAGGUUGGGAGGCACCAGAGAAUUGGAGGGACGUGCAGACUGUUUGCACACCUGAGCCAGUCCAUGGUGACCACUUUCUUCCAUGCUCUCCACCCUCCAAUCUAGCAUUCCCUACUGUCUGAGGCCAAAAAAAUCCUAAGCUAUGACCCCACCCCACAAUCCCAACUGUAGUGCUGUGCCAAGGAACCAGGCCCAGGAGUUCCGCUGGUCACCAUAGGCAUCGAGGUCCCAGGUCGUCAGCCCAGUCAGCUGAGGAGUACAGCUCAAGAGAGGGGCAGUUCCCUUCAGGCCUGGCUGCUGCCCCACCACUAGGCCAACUCCUGCCUCCAGCCCUCCCUUCUCCCACCCCCAGCCAGCUGUCAUCUCUCCCCCACUCCCCCAACCCCCUUUCUACUCAAGGGGUUUAGCCACUGGUGCUUUGAAGCCUUUUGUUUUUAUAAGACGGUUUUUGCAAGGGGACCAAGUUCUUACUGGGACCUUGCAAGGCAGGGAGUGUUCCCGUGGUUUCUGUGCAGGUGGGUUGAUUAAAGAUGGUGUUUUCUUCUCUAUCUUCCUGUCCUCCUGCCCUGUGAGUCAGCAGGGUCCCUGUAUGAGGGGUUGGGGGUCAGUGUCAUUGUCACUGUCAAACAUUCUUGGGUUCGCUGGCCUAUGCCUUUGAGUGGCUGUGUAGCUUUGGGCAAGUCACUUCCCUUCUCUUCCCUUAUCUAUAAAAUGCAGGGGUGGGACUAAAUCAGUGGAUUCUCAAACCAGGCUUCACAAUCCCUUGGAGAGCUUUCUAUUUAUUUUUCUGAUUAAGUGCAUUUUCAGUUUAUGCUUCCAAAUAUCCUUUGAAUUUUGGUUCUGCCGUGUUCCUGACAAUUCAGUUCCUGACUUGGGAAUGAGCUGGCGGGCAGCGCUUUAAAUACAGAUUCCUGUGCCCCACCUAGGACAUCCUGGAUCCUUUCUGGCAAUACACCAGAAUCAGUAUUUUGAAUUUUUUAAAUUUUAUUUACUUUGGUAAACAGCUAAUAUGUACCUAUGAUACAGAAUUCAGAAAGUUCCAGGGGAUUAUUCCUCUUACUCAUUUUUCAUAUCUUUCCAAAGAUAGUCAAUUCUUUUUUAAAUUAUGUAAAUAUUUUUCUCCUUUUUCACAAAAAUGGCAACAUAUUCUGCUCACUCUUCAACUCCCUGCUUUUUUCACUUAACUUGGAAAUCUUCCCCAAAUAAUACAUGUGGAGCUGCCACAGUGAUUUGGUAGAAUUGGGGUUUUUGUAGAGAUCCCCAGGUGAUCCCGACGCAGCUAGGGGCUAAGAGCCAGAGGCUCUACAUAAGGAUGCCCCAGGUCCAUCGUGCAAACCUCUGUGGACCAUUCCUGGUCUUGGAGUGCAGAGGAACAUAAAUCACAGAUACUGCCUUCAAGGAGCUUAUGGUCUAGUGGGGAGCCCACAGGAUGGGCAGUCAAAAGGGUGAAUGCCGAGGACAGUGUAGUGUGGAAGGCGAUCAGUAAUAGGAGCUCAGGGGGCAGAGGCGAUCUGAGAUCCUGGACAGGGGCAAUAGCAUGAGCAAAAAGGUGUGGAGGGCGGAAAACACAUGGUAUCUGAUGUAAGACUAGCCAGAGACUAACUGGUUGGAGGAAGCUUCAGUGGGGAAUGUAUACAUUUCCUACUGCUGUAAUAAAUGACCACAGCUUUAAUGUCUUAAAACAAGACAUAUUUAUUAAUCAAAGUUCCACAUGGGUGUCACUGGACUAAAAUCAAGACAUCUGGAGGGCUGCAUUUCUUUCUGGAGGCUCUAGGGGAGAAUCCAUUUCCUUGCCUUUUCUAGAAUGUGCCCUCAUUUCUUGGAUCAUGGCCACCUUUGCUCCACCUUCGAAGCCAGCAAUGUCCCAGCUCUCUGACAUUGCUUCCAUCAUCACAUCCCUCUCUAACCACAGCCAGGAAAGGCUCUCCAUUUUUAAGGACUUGUGUCAUUAGACUGGGCCCACCCAAAUAAUCCAGGAAAAUCUCCCCUUCUCAAAGUCUAUAAUCAUAUCUGCAAAGUCCCUUUUGCCAUUCAACAAAUUCACAGGUUCCAGGGAUUAGAAUGACACCUUUGAGGGCCAUUAUUCUGCCUUCCACAAGGAAGAAUUAUAACCAGGAUAUUGUGGCCCUGAAUGUCAAAACAGUACAUCCGCCUGACGUGGUAGCAAUGGGCACUAUCAAAAGGUUUUGAGCAGAAGCUACUUAAUUAGAGCUGUUCUUUAGAGAGAACUGGCAAGCCUGGAAGGGUGGCUUGGAGGGGAGCAAGAAAAAGUGUUUUGUCUGGAAAAGGCCUAGGGUUUCUCACUUGGGUAAAUAUGUGUUCUUGGAGGUACCUGUGUGACCAUGAGCUCUAUGUAUGUAAACUUGGGAGGGCUAGUACAGUAAUAAUGAGCAUGAAAUGCAGGAGUCAGGCAUACCUGGAUCCAAAUUAAUCACUGGAACCAGUCAAGCUGGUCUUCCCACCAAGCUCAGUGAAGCUCCCCCAGCUCCUGCCAUCCUGGGGCCAUCUCCCAGCAACCUCUGCACAUUAGAAUAAUCUGGGUAGGACAGACCAUCUUCAAUAAUUCCUCAGUCAGGUGCUCGAGGCAUCCUUUGAAACAAUAGAACAUGAAUUCCCCAAUGUGCAUUUGACAAGCACAACAGUCUAUUGAGAUUUGUAGACAUACUGGUGUUUUCUUUAACGUGUUGGAAUCGGGUCUUGCAGUUUCUAAACUGAUUAGGAAUGAGGGAGGGCCUGAUGCCAACGCCUCAUUGCCUUCCAAGAUUCACUACACAGGCUACUGGUUCAGAGCAGUGAUUCUCAAACUUGAAGAGCAUAAGAGUCCCUUCAAACCCAAAUUCCUAAGCCCGAUCCAAGACUCACUGAAUCAAAUGCCUGGGCAAAGACAGGAAUCUUUAUCACAAGUGCCUCCAGGCAAUCCAGGUUUGGGAAAUCCUAGACCCGAGUGAAGAGGCAUGCAAACAUUUUUGAAUCUUCCCCUACUCAAAUGUCAUGGAGGCCCCACCAAAUUAUGCCUGCCAGCUCCCUCAGAUCAGAGCUAGACUUCAGUUAUCACCUCAAAGCUCAGUUUCAUUUGUUACUGACAGUCUUACAAUUUUUUUUUAAUGUGUUCGGCAUUUCAAAGGCUGUGAACAACUCUUGAACUUAAACAUUGACAUAACUUCACACCACUAAGUUAGUUUGGGCAAAGGCAGGACCAAACUCUGCCUUUCGCUCUAAGCCUCAGUCACCUGGAGGAUGUAAGGCCAGCUCCAAGUUGCCCUACUGCCACCUGAACAGGGGACCAUGCCCUGCCCUGAGCCUGGGUUCCAGUGACUCAGCAGUUCUCUCAGAAGGCCCCUGGAAUCAGACCGGGCAGGCCUAGGCAGACGAGCUGCAGAGAAAGCCCUGUACUGGGUGUCCAUUACCUAAAUUCCACUUCCUCUGCCCCAUCCAUCGGGACCUGCUUUCUCUCUUACAGUUUACCUUCUAGGCUGAAUUGACAAAUUUUCUUGUUUAAUCUUCCUAACAAUCCUAAGGUAAGUUCUAUUACCACCGUCUUAUAUAGAUGGCGCCAUUAAAGGGACAGACCCAAAGUUACACAACUAGUAAGUGGCAGAGUCAGCAUUUAAACCCAGCCACUCCGAUCCCUGGACUCAUUCUCUAGUCACUGAACACACUGCCUUGUGGGAAUUCAAUGCCCAAUCAUGGAACCAGUACUCUAGGACUUGGACCUGGGGGAUUCUAUUAGUUUCUUUUCCCUUUAUUUUUUUAUUGGGGUAUAUUGGGGAACAGUGUGCUUUUCCAGGACGUCAAGUUGUUUUUUCAAUCUAAUUGUAGGGGGCGCAGCUCAGCUCCA